UGCAUAUGAGCUAGGCGACUAGCACUUUCCAGCAGCACUGCUUACUAUCUGCUUGGCCUUCAAACUUGUUUUGGAUAUACAGUGUGUACACUCACUUUCGCUGUUCUCACUGGUGUCGAGCAGUAUAAAGCAUGAUCGCCUUGAGUUACUGUAAUACGGUUUCUGAAGGCAUUUAGGGCUCCAGAGCACAUUGCCAUACCGUGACACCCUGCGCCGCAGGGCUGUCUGCCAUAGUUGAAUCCUUCUAUAACUUUUGGAGUUUACAGGCACAGAUCAAGCACUGGAUCCUUGAGCUCCUGCCACAUCCCGAACAAAGCCCCCUUCACAGCGCAGCCCUGCCAUCCGGCGCCUCACCAGCCUCCACUUUGGAGGCCGUCAGCUUUAGGCUGGAGGAAGGGGCCGGGAGGCGGGCGGCGAGGGCAGCGCUCUCCCACGACCACACGGUGAAAUCACCACCACCACGACGGCGUUCGUAGCUGUGUUCGUAGCUUCUUCUGCCAGCUUCCGCCAUGAGGGGCGGCGGCCGCGGCCGCGGGGCCGAUGCGGAUGAGCUCGACUCGGACCCGCUGAUGGAGGAGGGCGAGCUGCAGGAUGCGGAUCUGGGAUCUGAUUCGGAUGAGGAUUUCGACAUCGGCGCCGGCAGCGACGACGGCAGCGAUGAUGAGGAAGACGACGGUGGCGGCGGCAUGGGCAUGGGGGCCGGCAUGGGGGCCAUGGCUGGCAUGGGUGGGGGAUUCAGCAACAUGAUGGUGAUGGCGUCAACGCCGGCGGGUCCUAGAGGAGGAGGAGGAGGCGGCUCCGCCGCUGCUGCUCCUGCCGAAUACGAACCCGAGCCGCCGGACAGCGACGACGAUGACGAUGAUGAGGAUGACGAGGACUUCAUGGGUGGGCGCAAGUCGGCUCGGAAAGGCGGCCGUGGCCGCGGCGGCGCGCGCGGCGGCGGCCGUAGCGGCGGUGCCGCGGGCGGAGGGCAUGUGAGCUUUGCGCCCGGCAGCGUUGGCGGCGGCGGUGAGGGCGGCAGCGGACGUGGCAGGGGUCGCGGGCGGGGCAGAGGCCGCGGCCGGGGGCGUGGACGCUGGGGAAACCACGAUGCUAGCACAGCGGUGGUCAUUCCCGCGGGCUCUGGCUCCGGACCGUCCAAUGAGAAGUACCGGAAAAUCUGUCAGGAGAUGGCGCGGAGAGCGGGACUGGAGAUUGACCCGCCGGGACCGCCGCCGGGGUCACAGCAGCCGCAACCCACGGCGGAUGCCGCUGCCGACGCAUUCCAACCUGACGGUAGCAUGUCUCCGCAGCCUCCGGGGUUAUCUCCGGGGCUGAUGCUGACGCCCUCCGGGUCACAGCAGCCGCUGUCGCAGCAGCAACAGCAGCAGCAGCAGCGUAGGUACGACCGGUACGAACGAACGUACGAGGAGUUUGUGUUGGCGCAGGCGAAGGAGCGUCGUGCCCGUGCGGCGAUGGCGGCUGCUGCGCCGUACGACCCCAAGCGCAAUAAGACGCACUGGGAUCACCUGCUGGAGGAGAUGGAGUGGCUGGCCAAGGAGUUUACCAAGGAGCGCGCCUGGAAGCUGAAGCAGGCCAAGCGCUGGGCCUCCCACGCCAUCAAGUCCAACCUGUCGCUGGAGAACCGACACGUGCACCGGCAGCAGCAGGAGGAGGCGGCGCAGCGCAAGGCGGCCAAGGCCAUCUCACAGCAGAUUGCGCUGUUUUGGACCAAGGCCCGCCGUGUGGUGGCAACCAAGGUGGCGCUGCAGGUUGAGGCCCGCAAGAAGGCCGUGAUGGACCGUCACCUGGACCUGAUCGUGGGGCAGACGGAGAAGUUCUCCAAGAUGCUGGCGGCGAACCUCACGGCGGCGGCGGAGAAAGACUCGGACGACGAGUCAGACGCCGAGGAAGCGACUGCCCGCGAGGAUGGGGAGGAGGAGCAGGAGGAGGAGGGCGAGGAGGAGCAGGUACCUUCUCCUCAGCCCGCCAGCCAGCCCCAAUCCCAGCCUCCAGCCACUGCCUCAGCCAAACGCAAGGCCGUGACCUUCCAAGAGCCCCUCGAGGUGGGCGGAAACGGCUCGCAUCAGCAGCCCGCUGCUGCAGUUGUGAAGGUAGAGGACGGAGGCGAUGGGGAAGGGGAGGGCGAGGAGGAGGGGGCGCGUCCGCCUUCGCCUCGCGCCAAGCGCCGACGUGCGGUGGCUGCCGCCGCGGCGGCGGAGGCGGAGGCUGCUGCUGCAGCGGAGGCGGAGGCGCCGAAAGAGGAGCCGGGGACGGGCAGUGGAGGAGCGGAUGUGGAUUUGGAAGCUCUGGCUUCUGAUGAGGAAGGGGAGGAAGGGGAGGAGGAGCAGGCUGGGGCUGGGGUGUUUGUGAAGCAGGAGGAGGGAGAGGAGGAGGGUGAGCAAGGGAACCAGCAAAAGAAGCAGGAGCAGCGACGGAAGGAGGGUGGUGGUGGUGGUGAGGAGGGCGGCGAUGGCGAUGCGGACUAUGACGCGGAGGCUGACGACUCGGCGGACGACGAGACCACCCUGGAUGCCGAGCUGGCCCUAGCCGAGGCCGAGGAGGAGGAGGGCGGUGAGGGUGAGGCUGACGAGCUGGCGGGGCUGGGCGACGAGGCGGAUGUGCCUCUGGAGCAGCUGCUGGCGCGUUACUACUCGGGGCCCAAGAACCACAACUUCAUGGUGCAGGAAAGGGAGGCGCAGGGGCGGCCGCAGCAGGAUCGGGCUCGACAGCAGGCUCAGCAGCCUCAGCCUCCGCAUGCAGAGGGAGCGGCUGGCAAGGAGGAGAAGACGGAGGAUGCAGCAGCGGCUGCGGAGGCAGCAGGUCCUGGGGAGACUGCGGCGGGCGGUCAGGCCCCAGCGGCUCCUGCAGCUGCUCCCGCGCCUGCUGCCGCAGCAUCCCCAGCACCCCCCGCCAUGCCGCUAGCAGGCGAGGUAGAGGGCAGCGCAGCUCCUGUGGGCGGGUCAGGGGGCGGUGAGGCCUCGGGGCCGCGGGGGGCUAGCGAUGCUUCCCCAGCAGCAGCUGCUGCAGCUGCAGUACCUGCUGCUCCUGACGCCCAGGCUGCGGGGAGUGUCCCUCCUGGCCCUGGCCCAGCAACAGUAGCAGCAGUUGGGCUACCGCUGGGGGGCGCAGCGGGAGCUGCAGGGGAGGCUACGGCAGGAGAGGCAUCAGCAGCAGCAGCAGCGCCUGGCCUUGUAGGACCGGGUGCCUCGGAAGGCGUUUCAGAGGCAACGGGUGGAAGCGACGCGGCGGCGGAGGUCAAGGGAGGGGAAUCGGAAGGGGCACAGGCAGCGGCCGAGGAGGAGGGUGGCGGAGCUGAGGAGGAGGAGGAAGCAGAGGAGGAGGAAGGAGAGGAUGGGGAGGUGAAGGAGGAGGGUGAAGGGAAGGAGGAGGCGGAGGAGAAGGAGUACGAGUAUGACGAGGCGGAGGAUGUGGACGACGAGACCACCCUGGACGCCGAGCUGGCCCUAGCCGAGGCCGAGGAGGAGGAGGGCGGUGAGGGUGAGGCUGACGAGCUGGCGGGGCUGGGCGACGAGGCGGAUGUGCCGCUGGAGCAGCUGCUGGCGCGUUACUACUCGGGACCCAAGAACCACAACUUCAUGGUGCAGGAAAGGGAGGCGCAGGGGCGGACGCAGGUGGGAGCAGUAGGAGCGGCGGCGGGCGCUGCGCCGCGACGUCCACCGAGGGAGCGGAAAACGACGACGACGACGCCUGGGUUAGAGGAGGAGGAGGAGGCCACUGCUGUUGCGGAUGCGAGGGCGGCAGAGGUGAAGACGGAACCGCAGGAGGCGGCGGGGGCGACGGGAGCGGAGAGUGCUGCCGCAGCAACAGCUCAGCAGCAGAAGCAGCAGCGGGAGGAGGAGCAAGCGGCGCGGGACGCGGAGGUGCAACGCGAGCGGGAACGUGCCGCGGCGGUGGCUGCAGCCACGGCGCGGGCUGAGAAGGCUCGUGCGGCUGCGGCGGCGGCGGGAGAGGAUGACGAGGAGGAGGAGGAUGCCCGGAGGAGGCGCCGGGGUGGGGGUGGUGGGGGUGGUGGAGGAGGAGGAGGAGGGGGUGGUUCGGCGGCAGGGGGAGGCGGCAGCGGUGAGGACGAGGGGCGGCUGGAGGCGGUGGCACGGGACGCCUCGGCUGCUCAGCCCACGGGAACCACCCUCAACACCACCAAGGUGCUCACCCCCGUCCCCUUCCUGCUCAAGUUCCCCCUCCGCGAGUACCAGCACAUUGGGCUGGACUGGCUGGUGACGCUUUACCACAAGCGCAUCAAUGGCAUCCUGGCGGACGAGAUGGGGCUGGGCAAGACCAUCCAGACCAUCAGCCUGCUGGCACACCUGGCGUGCGAGCAGGGCAUCUGGGGCCCCCACCUGAUCGUGGUGCCCACCAGCGUUAUGCUGAACUGGGAGAUGGAGAUCAAGAAGUGGUGCCCCGCCUUCCGACUGCUCACCUACUACGGAAGCGCAAAGGAGCGCAAGGCCAAGCGGCAGGGCUGGUCCAAGCCCAACGCAUUCCACAUCUGCAUCACCUCGUACACGCUGGUGCUGUCGGACGCCAAGAUGUUUCGUCGCAAGAAGUGGAAGUACCUCAUCUUGGACGAGGCGCACAUGAUCAAGAACUGGAAGAGCCAGCGCUGGCAGACGCUGCUGAGGUUCAACUCCAAGCGCCGACUGCUCAUUACGGGCACUCCCCUCCAGAACGACCUGAUGGAGCUGUGGAGCCUGAUGCACUUCCUGAUGCCGGGGCUGUUCGCCAGCCACGCGCAGUUCCGGGACUGGUUCUGCAACCCGCUGACGGGCAUGGUGGAGGGAAGCGAGGCGUACAACAAGCAACUUGUGGAGCGGCUGCACGGAGUGCUGCGACCCUUCCUGCUGCGCCGACUCAAGUCCGAGGUAGAGCGGCAGAUGCCCGCCAAGCACGAGCACGUGGUGCAUUGCCGCCUCAGCAAGCGGCAGCGCAAGCUGUACGAGGAGUACAUGGCGUCCGCGGAGACCCGGAAGCGGCUGGAGACGGGCGGCUUCCUGGGCAUGCUGAACUGCCUGAUGUCGCUGCGCAAGGUGUGCAACCACCCCGACCUCUUCGAGGGUCGCCCCAUCGUCUCCUCCUACGACCUAGUCCCCGGUCUCUCCCUGCAAGUCCCCUCAUGCGUCCUCAACCCCACCUACAUCGCACCGCCCAAGCUGCUGUCCCCGGCAGCAGCGGCGCUGCAGGGCCCAGCCCCCGCCAGGAGCCCCGAGUUCGAGGGUCCCCUGGAGAAGCUGCACCAGGCCUUCCGACCCGUGGGUCACUACGGGGCCUGCGGGUCCGCCGGCGUGUCGGGCCGCAUCUACGAGGCGCUGGAGGGCGCUGGGCUGCUGCUGACGGCGUGGGAGGGGCUGGCGAGCUGGGAGGCGGAGGACGUGAUGAGGCUCAUGGUGCCGUACGAGUCCAUGGCUCGCGAAUGCGGUGUCCCCGAAUGGCCCGCCACACGCGAGGACGCCUCCGUCCUCAUGCGCAGCGCAGCGGCAGCUCGCAGUACGGCAGGCGGCGGCGGAGGAGGUGGAGGUGGUGCCUCGGGGUCCGGUCGCUCUGGCGGCAGUGGAGGUGCGGUGGUGCCGGUGCUGGGGCACUCGGCGCUCAUAUCGCUGCAGGGCUCGUACAGCUCCCUGCUCUCCGACCCCGCCUACCUGGUCCUCGCCGAGUCCCUGGCCGCCCAGCAGCACCGCCUCGCCGCCUGGCGCACCUCUCGACUGCGACUGGCAGCAGCCCUCUCCUCGCAGCGCUGCGCCACCCGCCGCCCCCUGUUCGGCAGGAACCUGAUCGCGCUGCUUACCUUUGCGCAUGCGACAUGCCGCGCGCUGAGGCUGGGCGCCAAGUCGGCCGCCCGGGUUACGGAUGUACCCUUGGUGCAGCCGCUGCUGACGUCACCGGAGGCGGCGGUUGAGGCCGCCACGGAGCCGUCCAGCUACGCCCUGCUUCCCUCCAUCCUGGAGGAACUCGCAGUGUCGUACGAGCGACGAGCAGCGUCCAUGGAUGAGGUGCUUCGGGAGUUUAUGUUUGUCAUUCCCCGCGCGCGUGCGCCGGCUCCGGAGGUGUGGUGCUGUCGACCGGACCCUGAGGAGGUUCGCGCGGCGGCGCGGCGGGCGAGUGUGGCGCUGGGCGAGUGGUGCGAGCGAGCGGGUCCGUUGCGGUUGGCGCAUGUUCGGCAGCAGCUGUUCUUCCCGGAUAAGCGGUUGAUACAGUACGACUGCGGGAAGCUGCAGGAGCUGGCGCUGCUGCUGCGGCGGCUCAAGGCGGGCGGCCACCGCGCGCUCAUCUUCACGCAGAUGGCCAAGAUGCUUGACGUGCUGGAGGUCUUCCUCAACCUCCACGGCCACACCUACAUGCGCCUGGACGGCUCCACGAGGCCGGAGCAGCGGCAGGUGCUCAUGCAGCGGUUCAACACCGACCCCAAGGUCUUCGUCUUCAUCCUCUCCACGCGCUCCGGCGGAGUGGGCAUCAACCUGACGGGUGCAGACACCGUCAUCUUCUACGACUCCGAUUGGAACCCCGCCAUGGACGCGCAGGCGCAGGACAGGUGCCACCGCAUCGGGCAGACGAGAGAGGUGCACAUCUACCGCCUGGUCUCCGAGAACACCAUCGAGGAGAACAUCUUGCGCAAGUCCGACCAGAAGCGGCAGCUGGACUACCUGGCCAUCCAGUCCGGCGGAUUCACCACGGACAUGCUGGCGCAGCUGAAUCUGGCAGCGCUGAUGGGAGGGGGAGCGGG